CGCCGCCCGGGCCAUUUUGCGGCGCGAUGAGGCGGGAGCGGCGGUGAGCAGCGCCCGUCCCGCCCGCUCCGCUCGCACCGCCGGGCACGGCCCUCCCCAGGGCGAGCAGGCACAGCCAGGGCACAGCGACACCGGAGCGCCCCCCCGCCCGCCCCUCAGCGCCGGCGGAGCCAUGAGCUGGGGCACGGAGCUGUGGGACCAGUUUGACAACUUAGAAAAACACACGCAGUGGGGUAUUGAUGUUCUGGAAAAGUACAUCAAGUUUGUAAAAGAAAGAACAGAGAUUGAACUCAGCUAUGCAAAGCAGCUUAGGAAUCUUUCAAAGAAAUACCAACCCAAGAAGAACUCCAAAGAGGAGGAAGAAUACAGGUACACAUCAACUAGAGCCUUCCUAGCCACUUUAAAUGAGAUGAAUGACUAUGCUGGCCAGCAUGAGGUGAUCUCAGAGAACAUGACCUCUCUGAUCACUGCAGAGUUAACACGCUACGUGCAGGAGCUGAAACAGGAGAGGAAAUCGCACUUCCAUGAUGGCAGAAAGGCACAACAACACAUUGAAACUUGCUGGAAACAACUUGAAGCAAGCAAAAGGCGGUUUGAACGUGAUUGCAAAGAAGCUGAUCGAGCACAGCAGUAUUUUGAGAAAAUGGAUGCUGACAUCAAUGUGACAAAAGCAGAUGUUGAAAAGGCAAGACAGCAAGCCCAGCUAAGACAUCAGAUGGCAGAAGACAGCAAAGCUGAAUAUUCUUCCACGCUACAGAAGUUCAACAGUGAGCAGCAUGAGCAUUACUACACACACAUACCAAACAUCUUCCAGAAAAUACAAGAGAUGGAGGAAAGAAGAAUCGUGAGGAUAGGGGAAUCCAUGAAAACCUUUGCAGAAGUCGACCGUCAAGUGAUCCCCAUCAUUGGGAAGUGUCUGGAUGAGAUAACAAAGGCUGCAGAAUCAGUGGAUCACAAGAAUGAUUCCCAGAUGGUAAUAGAAGCCUUUAAAUCAGGAUUUGAGCCUCCAGGAGACGUCGACUUUGAGGAUUUCACACAGCCCAUGAAGAGAACAGUGUCUGAAUCCAGCCUUUCCAACUCCAGAGGGGAUGGGAAGUCAGAGCCCAAGUAUGGCAGCAAAUCCAAGGGCAAGUUAUGGCCAUUCAUCAAGAAAAAUAAGCUUAUGUCCCUUUUAACAUCCCCCCAUCAGCCCCCUCCUCCUCCCCCUGCCUCUGCCUCACCCUCUGCUGUUCCCAACGGCCCCCAGUCUCCCAAGCAGCAAAAGGAACCCCUCUCCCAUCGCUUCAACGAGUUCAUGACCUCCAAACCCAAAAUCCACUGCUUCAGGAGCCUAAAGCGCGGGCUUUCUCUCAAGCUGGGAGCAGGCCCAGAAGAUUUCAGCAAUCUCCCACCUGAGCAAAGAAGGAAGAAGCUUCAGCAAAAGGUCGAUGAACUGAACAGGGACAUUCAGAAAGAGAUGGAUUCAAGAGAUGCCUUAACAAAGAUGAAAGAUGUGUACAUCAAGAAUCCCCAGAUGGGAGAUGCGGCCAGCGUGGACCACAGAUUGGCAGAGCUGGGGCAGAACAUUGAAAAGCUGCGAUUAGAAGUUCAGAAAUUCGAGGGCUGGCUGGCGGAGGUGGAGGGGCGGCUGCCGGCGCGGAGCGAGCAGCCCCGGCGCCAGAGCGGGGUCUACGAGGCACAGAACGCAUCGGGAGUGAACAGCUGUGCCCAGGACAGGGAGAGCCCCGAUGGCAGUUACACAGAAGAGCAAAGCCAGGAGACUGAGAUGAAAGUACCUGCAACAGACUUUGAUGAUGAGUUUGAUGAUGAAGAACCACUACCCACCAUAGGAACGUGUAAAGCUCUCUAUACAUUUGAAGGUCAGAAUGAAGGAACAAUCUCUGUAGCAGAAGGAGAGAUGCUCUAUGUCAUAGAAGAAGACAAAGGGGACGGGUGGACGCGGAUCCGAAGGAACGAAGAUGAGGAGGGCUAUGUCCCCACGUCCUAUGUUGAAGUCUAUUUGGACAAAAAUGCCAAAGGUGCUAUGACCUAUAUUUAAUGAUAUUAUUAUUGUUUUAUUUGCUUUCACAGAGAUAAACCAAGCCUGAAGCUGCUCUGUGUUGCAGAUAGAGCCUUUUAAGAGUCUGUACAAUGCCACCAAGUGCAUUAUUCUGUACAUGGACUAAUUAUGGCUUGUUGUACUGCAAAAUGUGCUUUUCUUGCUCAGAGAAGGGUAGUGUGGGGGACUCCUGAAAGCAGAGGGGAAAUGCAGCCUUGCCUGGACAGUGUUUGCUCAACUGUCACUGCCAUUGCACACUCAGCUUAGUGCAGGAAGCACAAAGCCCUUUGGGAUCCUUCAGGCUCUCCUCAGAUACCCAGGUGGCAUCUCAGACUGUUUGUCCCAAAGUCACUCGGUGGAACUUUAUGGAGGGAAUAUUUAGACUGCUGGUUUGUGUCUGUGUGGGAGCUUUUCAGAGCCUGUUGUGUUCUGGGGACCUUUUGGAUUGAAAACUGGUGGUAAUUUAGUUUAGUGUGUGUGGAAGGGGAAGGAGAGAUCUUACCAAACCCCCUCUACACUGCACUCUGUGGUCCCUGAUAAAUGGGUAAAACAUUGAGAAGGCUCCUCUGUUCUUUCCCACCUUGCUACAUUUCAGAUGUAUUUGCUGUUGCAGAUGACCAGAACUAAUGGUUUAAUCUUUUGCUUACUUGACAUCAAUGGAGACAUUCAGAGUUUGGACUCUGUAAACUGCUGUUUGUUGCUUUUAAUUCCUCCCAAAUGUUUUGUUUAAGGAAGCAGUGCUGCAGGGCAGACCUGGCUGGAGUAAGUGCCAGUGCUGAACACCUGGUAAUGGGAUACACUGAGAAAUCAAAAUAUUUUAGCCCUGUUUCAAAUCAGGACAUGAGAAUUCCACUGUGUUAAAUAAUUUGUGUUUAUUCAGUCACUUAAUCCUUCAGAUUAUUGUGUUUCCUAGACUUGAGAGUUCUUGGUGUGAAACAAGUGGCCUCAUCCAAGUCAAAAGCAAACUGAACAUUUUCUUUGGGGUUUAUGGGCAGCAGGAAGAGAGGACUAGGACUGUACCCAUAAACCAGCCCUGAAACUUGAGCAGUUCAGAGUUGGGUUGGGUGUUAAUCAGUGCAGUGCCUUGUCUGGCCCUUGUUUUAUUUUGCCAUAAUACAGUAGUUUUAUGUUCCUGUUGGCAAAUACAUGCUCACUUAAGAUGUAAAAGAGUGCAAAAAGUUUAGCCUCUUCUGUUGGCUUUGAAAGAUGGAUCAUCCAUUCCCCUUUAUAUCCAGAGCAAGGCUGAAGGAUUGGAAAUAUGGAAACACAGACUGGUUUGUGUUGGAAGGGAUCCUCUCAUUCCAACUCUCUCCAUCAGAGUAAAAACACAAACUGUGCCAGGGAUGAAGGCUGAUACAGCUGCAGCCAUGUCUGUAGGCACAAGGGAGGUUUUUCAGAUAAUUUAAAGCUUUUCCAUAAAUUUUGCUGGAUUUCAGGAACAAAAUCAAAUGGAUCUGUGAAUAUCUAAUGUAUAGGAACAACAGUGUUUACCUCUUUUAUUUCUCAAGUCUCUGGUUUGAAAGAAAAGCUAAAAGAGAAUACUUCAAAGAAUGCAGCAUAAAGAUUUGCAGGAAAUGCUGCUGUGUUUAAAAGGUGAACUUUGUUGCAAGCUGCAAAUUGAUUUUUAAGGUAUUGGUAGAAGUGACUUGAUUCAGUCCUUGAAAUAGAAGCGAUGACAUUCCUGAAGAUAACAUUGUAAAUACUCAAUCUUUGCAAACUUUAGUAAUCCUUUCCUCUCCUUGGAAGGGAGGUUGAGCAGCUGGCACCACGAAAGGCUGGUGGCACAAGGGUGGGAGCUCACAGCAGCCCCUGUGACUGUCCCAGCCAGCAGAGCCAUCCCAGUCCUGGCUCAGCCUUUCCUGCCAUGGGCCAGGGGCAGCUCAGUGCCACUGCUCAGUGCUUGUGAGAAGCUGCUUUUUCACUCAGCUGGAGCCUGUGUUGUCAGGGCUCUGCUGCAGAGCUGAGCUGAGCAGGACAGGUAAGUUGUGUGCUGCAGGUGCCCUCCUGAUCAGUCUUAGAGGAGCCAAGCUGGGUCUGUGCCCUGCCAGUCCCUGUGUGAGGGCUCCUGAUGACAUUUACAGGGGUGCCUCUGGUCAGAGGGUGUUGGCAAACCCUGUCACAAAAAGAACAGUAAUGCCUAUCUUGUUUUGCCUUUUUUUUUUUCCAGAUGUGCACAAACCACUUCAGAAAAUCUCUGAGUAGGUUUGCAUAGGCCUGUCCACCCUUUAUUCUCCUGGUUUGCUGCUACGGUUGUUUUAAGAGCUCUGUUUGAGAAGGUUUUCUUUAGAAGAGAUGAAUGCACAUGUCACAUCUCCAUCACUGAAAGACUUUGUUAGGUACCAGGCUGGCUCUGAAAUGAAGGUGCUACCCUGACUGUGUCCAUUUAGUGCAAACAGCACUGUUGUCCUUCUGAAUAGAAAGGAGAGCUGCAGGCUCUGCUCCCCUGGGAUUCCUGCAGGAGGCUGUUCUGUGCACACCUGGGUGUAGCAUCUUGCAGGGCUUUUCUGUACCUGUCUGGUGCUGAGAACUCAAACACAGGAACUGGUUGGGCCUUUCAGCUUGAGACUGACCCCCCUGUGUCACUGACCAUGGUACCUCAUCAUCUGCUUGGCAACAAAACUGUCUUUCACUGAGGGAUGUUGUGAAAUCCUGUGACACAAAAAGUCCUGCAUGGAGUACCCAGCUCUGAACAAACCCUGCACUGCCCCCAGCAGCAAGGCCAGGUUCCCUUCCAGCCCAAGCCUGGCUCUUUGUGUGGGUGACAUGCAGGACUUUGGGAGGUUGAACUUCUUAAUAAAAACUAUUUUGGAGCUGUGGGCUGAUGAGCAUUUUGGCUCCUGUUCCCCCUCACCUCUGAUGAUAUCAGUGAUUCCUUAUGGACAGCUCUGGCAUUCCCAGUGCUGCAGCUCUGCUCUUUGCUGUAACCAUCAUGCAGAGCCUUGACUUAUAUAAAUAAAUAGGUAAAAGUUAACCAUGCUGAUGCACUUUUUAUCUAGGAUAUAUCUGAUUAUUUAAUGCUUGCCAAAUUAUUUAGGAAUUGGUAAUUAUAAACUGGACUGUGGCUUUUUAAAAUCCUUUUGUUAUAUACGUGCCCUUAGAUCUCCCAGUAUAUAUAAAAAAAUUGUAUAUAACAUAACUUAAAGACUAAAGUUACUUGAAUUUGAAUUGUUUUUAUCCUUUUAUAUGUGUAUAAAUAUAAAUGGUUUUUUAGGCUGUUCUUCUGCUUAACCCAGCUGUUUUGGUAACUGCUCAGACCUUCUGAUGUUGAUAAGUGUUUUUGGUUACUCAGCUGCCUGCACCUGGACUUGCAUAGGAGCUGCUGUUGUGUGUUAAGGUUUGUUCAAUCUGGCCAGUGUGGUUGUCUUGUUUCUAUUCUUAUUUUUUAAAGAAUCAUCAUCUGUCAGGAAUCUCUUUAUAGCUUGAUGUACCAUGGUGUCUUCUUCUAAUAAACAUUAUAUUUUCUCA